AGAACGGAUAGAACCCAAAGAAAAAAAGAAUUUAAAAUAGGAAGGAGCUAAGUUAUACUAUAUACUAUAUGUGAAGAAACAAUUAAUAAUUGGCAUGGUUCCUUAUGAGUUUCUCUCUCUUUUUCUGUCCAAAAUAUUUGAAACAAUCAACUAUACUGGUAAAAGUCAAUGCUAUUUUGCUUAUAAAUAAGCUUGGUGAGUUUUGCAAGCUAUGUUUGUAUCAGAGAAAGUAUAAGGGAAAUGAAGAGGAGUAGAGAUAUAGAGAAGAGAUCAGAGAUAAACUCUGCCAUUGAAGAGCUUUCAGUGCUUGUUAUAGUCAAACCUGAAGAAGAUCAUGAGGCUGGUGCACGCAUCCCAACAAAGCCUUUCCUAUCUUUAUGUUACAUGGUUCUACAAGUUCUUGAUAAGGUAGGGCCAACAAUGGCUGUUUUGAGACAAGACAUUCACCAGAAUAUUAAGAGGUUGGAAGCAAUACAUGAAUCAAAUCCCUUAACCAAUUCAAAUUUAGUUGAGAUAUUCAAGUCAGAAACUAGCAAAGGAAAUGGAAAGAAGAGAGUUAGCGGCAGUAAAUCCUUUGUUUGGCUCACUAGAUCCCUGGAUUUCACAUCAGCGUUGUUACAAGCGCUACUAGUAAAAGAUCCUAAAAAGAAUAUGGAGCAAGCAGUUCAAGAGUCUUAUGAUGCAACUUUGAAACCAUGGCAUGGAUGGAUUGCAUCAGCUGCUUACAGAGUGGCUAUAAAACUAGUGCCUGAUACAAAAACUUUCAUGGAUCUCCUCCGGGAAAAAGACGAAGACUGCAACACCCUAAUGGAAAAAAUGGAGAUUUUAGUUUCUUUGCUUGUGCCUUUUCUUGAGGAUAUCCAUUGUAUUCUAAAAGUGUAUAACUUGGACAGGCUUAAGUCAAAUUGAAGUUAAGAUAGAAAAGCUGAUGUAGAAUUUUACUUAGUGUAUACUGUAUAUAGUUUGGUUUCCUCUCCUGCUGUUUUCUUGUAAAUUACUUGUACAGUAAAUUUUGUAUCAACUCAGUUCUGUAGUUACAAGUUUGCAACUUUGCAUCAAGCUGGUCAGCAUAGCUGUUUAAACAUAAAAAAAAAAAAAAAUUCAGUUGAUUUUGAUUUUAUCUA